AUGCGCCGAGUCCCCACGCGCCGUCAGUGGCCACCAAGGACCCCAACACUACAGUAUGAGCUCAAAGAGCCAGAACAACUAGACGUGUCUACCUUUUACUCCCAACGUCAAACAAUGCAAGAGUGGCUUUUCGCAUCCAUGUCUACCUACCGUUCCCCCUCCACACUUCCCACACUGCACCGCUGCGUACUGAUCUAUGGACUAGCCAGCCUCCAACAGCGCAUCACCGGCCUUAUCAAUUUAGAUCUACAACUCUACCACAAGUACUAUAGCCUGCUCACUGACAAUGAGAUUGCCGAGCAGACUUAUGCAUAUACAGGGUUGCCGUGGGAGGCUGCUAUUGACGGGAAGUUGGAGCUGAUGAACAGGGAGCAUUUGGAGUGGUUGUUGGGAAGAUACAAAAAUUUAUGA